AUGUUUUGGAGAAGGUUGCCACGCGGCAAGAAUGCGAAGCAGGAUGAUGAGCAGGAGGAGGAGCAGGAGGAGGAGGAGCAGGAGGAGGAGGAGGAGGGUGAGGAGAAGGAAGACCUCAAUGAAGAGAAAUUGCCGGAGCCUGACAAGAGCGAGGAAAAGCUGGGAAAGGCGUCGAAACCAAAGUCCAGAAAAGAUGAGCCACCAGCCAAAGGCCACAGGAAGUCGGUUGAGAAGCCCAGCAAUGACGGCAAGCCAGUGAAGAGCAAACAUGAGGAGAAGUUGCCAGCCAAUCGCCGCAGCAGGAAGUCUUCUGAGCCCGAGGAGGUUGCAAAGGAGCAAGAUGAAGAGAAGCAGCCAGCCAAGCGCCGCAGCAGGAAGUCUUCUGUGCCCCAGGAGGAGGUUGCAGAGUCAGGCAAGGAGCCACCAGCCAAGGAGUCAGGCAAGAGCGGCCCUCAGAAAGCUUCCAGGCCCAAGCCAGUGGAAAGCAAAGAUGAGGAGGAGCCGCCAGCCAAGCGGCGCAGUAGGAAGUCUUCUGAGCCGCAGAAGUGUGCAGAAGAGCCCGCUGUGGAGUCAGCCGCUACCAAGCCCAAGCCAGUGGAAAGCAAAAAUGCGGGGAAAUCUACAAAGCGGAAGAUGGCCUCAAAGUUCGAUGAGGCAGGUGAGUCCGCCCCCGUUUCCAUAGCAAAGAGCAAUGAUGGAGAAGUGGACGAGAAGGAAGAGAAGAAGCGGCGGCAAUCUCGCAAAAGCUCCGCUUACCACACAGCCAAAAGGGCUGCACUUGCUGCAGGAAAGAGCACGGAAGAAGCAAAGGAUUUGGCGAAGGAGGCUGAUGCCAUCUUCAGCUUGGAGAAGGAAGUCCGCUUUAGCAGGUUGGCGAUGUGGAUUCUGAUUCACACGGACAGCUGCGGCUUGUUCCUAGCAGGUUUGGCGGUCGGCUUUCUGGAUGAUCCUACACGGGGCACCCAGUUCAAAGUGCAGGUCAACAAGUUGGAUCCUGUAGCCCAAUUUGAAAGCCUUCCGAUGGGAGAUCUUUGGGAAGAUGCCAAUUUGUUGUGCUGGGUGAUCCACAACUCCGCGCAGAAUACGAGCGACAGUGUCACCCGCACCUGCUGUGCUGCCAGUGCCACCCGCAGCAGCUUCACUGCCAAAGUCACCUGUAGAGGCUUUGCCAGCCCCAUCACCCUCAUCUCGGACAAACACAAGCGCAAGGAGCUCCAGAAAAUGUUCCUGGAACACGGGAGCUUUGAAUGCAUGGAGUUGGCUCUCAAGAAGAAGCAGAUCAGGGAGGACAGCGAGCAAAAGGCUGGAGGAUGGUACACAAAGAACAAGCUCGAGCAAUGCGAGAAAUACACAAAGAGUAUGAUUGCCAAAGCGUGGGCGUGGGCGAAGUCGAAGAACCAGUGGCGUGUGAAUCCAAUUCAUGGGGAAGAAGAAAUUCGAAUCAUCGCGUCGGAGACCUUCUCAAUGAAUAAGAGCCAAAUUGAGGAACUAGAGCAAUCUGGCAAUAUUUCUGACCCAGAGGGCUCUCUUUUCAACUCCGAUCUGGUUGACUUUAAUGCCGCGCCUGGCACUGCGGUGGUGCCUGGCAUGGGAUCAGCAGCUCCCAUCACCUCUGGGCAAGCAGGGGAGCAGCUGGGGAACACUGCAAGUGUGAUGUCCUUCAAGUUUCCUUUCAACAACACAUUGAUGUAA